AUGACAAAAGUCCACGGACUCACGGGCAAACCUUUGCUCUACUUCACCACCGUAUUUGUCUCGCUCGGCGUAUUUCUCUUUGGCUAUGACCAAGGCGUCAUGUCCGGCAUCAUCACUUCCCCAUACUUCCUAGAUUAUUUCAACCAACCUUCCCGUGCUGAAAUUGGUACCAUGGUCGCUAUUCUAGAAGUCGGUGCUCUCAUCUCUUCCCUUGUUGUUGGCCGUGUCGGUGACAUCAUUGGCCGCCGUAAGUCAAUUUUCUGGGGGUCCCUCGUCUUCGUCAUUGGCGGUGCAAUCCAGUCUUUCACUACCGGCCUUGCCUCCAUGAUUGUUGGUCGUUUCAUCUCUGGUAUCGGCGUCGGCUUUCUCUCAACAAUUGUCCCCGUAUAUCAGUCAGAAAUCUCCCCACCACACAACCGCGGCAAGCUCGCGUGUAUCGAGUUUACAGGAAAUAUUGUGGGUUACUCAUCUUCAGUCUGGGUCGACUAUGCGGCUUCCUUCAUCGAAAGUGACGUUUCCUGGAGACUCCCGCUCUUUAUCCAAUGCAUAAUGGGGUCCCUUCUGCUACUCGGCUCCCUCGUCAUUGUUGAGACCCCGCGCUGGUUGCUGGACCAUGACCACGACGAUGCUGGACUUCGUGUCAUUGCCGAUUUGCAUGGUGGUGGAGAUGUUCACCACCCACGCGCACGCCAGGAGUUUCGUGAAAUCAAAGACUCCGUACUGCUUGCACGACUCGAAGGUGAGCGCUCCUACACACAAAUGUGGAGGCGCUAUAAAAAACGCGUUCUCAUUGCAAUGUCGUCUCAAAUGUUUGCCCAGCUUAACGGCAUCAAUGUCAUCUCUUACUAUGCCCCACUCGUUUUUGAGCAGGCUGGCUGGGUCGGUCGUCAGGCAAUUCUUAUGACUGGCAUUAACUCGCUUGUUUAUAUUCUCUCUACCAUUCCUCCAUGGUACGUGUCCGACCGCUGGGGCCGCCGCUUUAUUCUCAUGUCUGGUGCUCUUGUCAUGGCCGUGGCUCUUUCUUUGAUUUCUUAUUUCAUGUACCUGUCUCUAUCAUACACUCCACAGGCUGUCGUGAUUCUAGUCAUCAUUUAUAAUGCAUUUUUCGGCUAUUCUUGGGGGCCCAUUCCUUGGCUUUAUCCUCCUGAAAUCUUGCCUCUUAACGUACGCGCUAAGGGCGCUUCUUUGUCCACAGCAUCCAACUGGGCCUUUAACUUUAUUGUGGGUGAAGCCACACCGGUGCUACAAGAAGUUAUUACCUGGAGACUCUACUUGAUCCAUGCAUUUUCAUGUGUCUGCUCCUUCAUCUGCGUCUAUUUCAUGUAUCCAGAAACCAUGGGUGUCAAUCUCGAAGAUAUGGGCUCUCUUUUUGGUGACAAGUCUGUAUAUUCCUCGGCUGCUUCCAUUUCUUCCUCAAUCAAUUCCGGCAUUAACGGAUACCAUCACCUGCCGUCAGCAGAUCAUCAACAACCAUCAACAGAUACCACAACUCUUUUGGGUACUCAGGCAGGUGCUAGCCCAAGUUUGGGUCCUGCCCUCUCGCGCACAGAUUCACCAGUACUGCAACCCUCGGCAGCAGCCCUGGCGCGCGCAGGGGACCCUCGCUCACGCAGCAAUUCUGCAGGGUAUUACAGUCCUUUAGGACCAGGUGCUGGUACUGCACAACCUCCAUUUUCUGGAAUCAAUCCGAGUGACGUGGCACAGGCUUUGGGCGGCGGGUCUGCAGUUGUAGACAAUGAAGAGGAAGAAGACGAAAGACAAGGAGAAGAAGAUGAUGAUGAAGAAUCAAGACAAGGAGAAGAGAAUCAAGACAAUUCUAAGUCGCAAAAUAAACCGGCAAGUGUUGCUGGCGUAUUUGGAAGACUGUUUAAGAAACAAGGCGGAACACCUGAUUUAGAAGCCUCUGGAGCGUCAUCAUCAAACAAACCUCUACUGAGUUCACACCAAGAUUAA